AGCUGCCUCGUCAGUUCCUCCAGGUUGUACUGAAAUGGCGGUCCCGGGUGGCGGCGGCCCGUCCAGGCGUUUGGUCCAGUAUGUGGUGGUUCGCUCGGACCUGGUCAGCGCUUUAUCCUGGCCUUUAGGGGCGGUCAUCACUCAGGCUUGUCACGCCGCCACCGCUGCCGUUCAUUUGCACUACAGUGACCCCGACACUCAGGAGUAUCUGGCUCAGCUGGACAGCAUGCACAAAGUGGUGCUGCAGGCACCAGAUGAAGCUUGUCUUUCCAGCUUGUCAGCGACGCUUAGUGAAAAUGGCAUAGCCCACAAGCUGUGGAUGGAACAGCCUGAGAACAUCGCCACUUGCCUGGCCUUGAAACCUUACCCUAAGGAGACUGUGCAGCCUUUUCUCAAAAAGCUCAAGCUUUUCAAAUGACGCGGCCUCCUCCAGAGGAAGUUACCGCUCUGCUUCAUGCUUCACUCCACCGCCUCUCAAAAGAGCUCAAUAAGCGAUUGCCUUGGAAUGCUGUUGGUGCAUGGGGUAGCCAUUCAUCUCUUCAGAACUCCUCUGAUAAAGGAGUUUGCUGCCAGACUCACAUAUGGAGGACAUGGCAGUCUCAUCCAUCAUCACUGCUCACUGAUGGACACUGUAAAGACCUUCAUCUUCUGUUCAACUGAGUGGUGUGAAGAGAACUAGAUGAAGCUGUUAAUGGUCAAUAAAACGACAUACCUGUGUCUGAGCUUGUGAUCCACUGACAAAGCUAA